CAUUGCGCUGUCCUUUAUCUCCCUCACCGUCUCGCAGUCGCCUCAGAAUUUGCUCCAUAUCUUUGUGCCGGUCACUUAACUCUCACAUAUUCGCCGUUCAGAAUGACAAUGGCAUGGAAGCAAACAAUCAACAACACAAGUGUGAUCCCAAUUCAAACUCCUUGUGGGUUUUCUAAGUUCUUCUCCAAGUCCACUCCUUUUGUAGUGAAGGUUGGGAUACCAGAAUUUCCUAAUGGAGUAGGGGGAGGGGUUGAAACUCAUGUGGCCAAGCUAAUCUGAGAUUGGCAACUUUCAGGAGCUGCUCUUUACUCGCACUCUUAAGCUCAAGAAACUUGGCAUUCCCUGCAAACACAGGAAGCUGAUACUGAAAUAUGCUCACAAAUAUAGGUUGGGACCGUGGAGGCCUCAAGCUGAGCCUGUGAAAGCAUAGUAAGGCCAGUCUCCAGGGACCAUGCCAAGAUGUUAAUCAGUAGCACUACUCAGAAAUUCUAUCUUUGGUGAAAAUGGACCUUUGGUUCCAAAGAAUUUGCCAUCAUUAAAAGAACAAUCUUAAGCUACUUGGUUAAUAAUCAACAUUAUAUGCCAAAAUAUAUUACUACAUCCACUAAUUUGAUCUCAAUGUGACUAUUGAAUUUUAUUGUGAAAUGAGUGUGUGAAAGGUUGAGAAAAUGUGUAAAUAAGGAUAUGGACUUUAA